AUGUCCAGCAGAGUCAAAAAGAAGAAAUUAAAGGCCGGCCGCACGCCAGUGCAGAGCGCUUCCGGCGCAGAUGGAGGCGGCACGCCGGCCCAGCACUACGUGCGACCAAAGGACCCCAAUUUUCCAACGCGCCACCUCUUCAUCGUUGGCUGCGGCCCACAGACAGGCGUGGCGGUGGAGACUCUGCAGGCGUUCUUCGGAGCGUACGGGCGCGUGGAGCGAGUGUGGGCCGAUGAGACGCGGCCCUUCGUCUUCAUCAGCUACGCUACUAAAGACGAGGCAAUGCAGGCCCGCACCAGCGUCGAGGCGAUGCAGAGCGACACCGAGGCAGGAGGUGACACCCAUGUCAUGGUGCCUUAUGUGAUGUGUGAAGAGCUGAGCCAGCUGGGACUGAAGCCGGGCCGUAAGCUCAGAUUCGAGUACGCCGAGCUGAAGCAAUCGGAGAAGGCGCAAGCCGAAGACGUCGCUCUCACUCAGCACGUCGAGGUGGAAGGCCUCUACGUGUUCUACGAUUUCAUCGACGAGACGGAGGAGCAGCGGCUGCUCGCGGCCGUGAAGGACAAGUCCUGGAACACGCUGCCCCGGCGCCGGGUUCAGCAUUGGGGCUACGAAUUUGACUAUAAGACGCGUAACAUCGACAUCACCAAGCCCUUGGGAGGCCUGCCCGACUUUGUGAGCGAGGUGGUGAAGAGGAUGAACGACGCCGCGGUCGUGGAGGAGGAAGAUGAGGCGACGGGAACGAAAGUGCAGCGUCGCCGGUGGCCCGAGUCCGAUCAGCUCACGGUCAACGAAUACGAGGAGGGCGUCGGGAUCGGCGCGCACAUCGACACACACUCUGCUUUCCACGAUGGCAUUAUAUCGCUGUCGCUGGGGAGCUCGUGCGUGAUGACCCUUUCGCUGCCGGACAGCUCGCAGCACAAGUCUGUGUUCCUUCCGCGCCGCUCGCUCCUCGUGAUGACCGGCGCGGCGCGAUACCAAUGGCGGCACGCCAUCCCCUUCCGACGAUACGACUGCGUCCACGGGCAACUCAUUAAACGCGAAGGCAAGAGGGUGUCGUUCACGUUUCGUAGAGUGCGCGGACACCCGUGUGACUGUCGGUUCGCUGAGGAAUGCGAUUCGCAGCAACUGUCAGUUACCAACAUUCUUGGCUCCACCACGGCCUCCGAGUUCGAGGCGCGCAAUGUGAUUGACGUGUACGACAGCAUCGCUCCAAAGUGGCACCUCACGCGCUUGAAGCCUUGGCCCAAGAUUGAAGCCUUUCUCUCGACUCUGCCCGAGCGACCGAAGCGCUGGGCUCAUCGACAUAUGCUCGCAGCGAGGUCAGACGCGUUCGAUGUCGUGCUCUCCAUAGCGGUCCUUCAUCACCUCUCGACCAAGGAGAGGCGCCUGCAGGCCCUCUCCGAGCUUCUCCGUAUCACCAAGCCAGGUGGGCGAGUGUUGAUUUACGUGUGGGCGCUGGAGCAAGAGGACGACUCGAAGCGCAAGUUCAAGGAGCAGGACGUGCUCGUUCCCUGGUGCAUACCACCCACCAAGGAGGACAAGCAGGCCGGCAAAGGUAUGGUGGUACACAACCGGUACUGCCACCUCUACAUGAAGGGCGAGCUGCGAGAUCUGUGCCUGCAGGAACUGGAUGCGAGAUGCGAGGUGGUGGAGGACUACUACGAGCAUUCCAACUGGUGUCUGCUCCUUCGAAGAUGUGAAAGAUGA